UAUGCUAAUCACUGCUGCAUGCCAAAACACUCAAUGCGCCGAGUGCCAGGCCAAAGUCACUGAGCUGGAGUGGAGCUGCUCUUCUCCACCGGUGCCACCUCACCCACCCUCACCAAGAGCUUCAUGGUGGUCUUCUCCAUGGUCGCCACCCCACCUCCUGAGGUGAGGAGCAGCCCCUGAUGGUUUCUGCGUUCCCCAGGCUCAAGACUUUGCCCUAGAGGGGUUUGCUUCAACAGAGACAAUUAUCUCCGGGCCCGGGGCAGGAGGUGCUGCUCAGGGGGUGCAGCAGUGGCAGCCCCCGGCUGAGGACGGAUCGAUGUUUUGUGAGGGAACUGAAAACCGCACUCGCAGGUUUUAAACUUCAGAAUCCGCUGCCUGAACACUGUAUCCCAGGACACGCAGCAUGUGCAGCGCCGGGAACAGCUCCACCGGGCAGCCGCUGCCCCGGCCGGGAGAGGCGCGCCGGGAGCCCGCCGGCCGAGGGGCUGAGGGGAGACCACGGCUGCAGCGCCCCCGCCGCCACGGGCUCGCCCUUCCCGCCCUUCGCCCCGUCCCUCGCCAGCGCCUCUCCUCUGGGACGGCGCCUCAGCCGUGGCCCCCUCACCCCUGCGUUGUUGCGCGGGGCGGCCCCGCCGCUGCCGCUGUGGUGGCUGGCGCCCGGCGCGGAGCCGCGGGCGGCGGCGGGAGGGCGGGCUGCGGGGCGGGCGGUGCGCGGCGGCCGGCAGCGCUGCGCCCCGAUAGGCGGCGGCGGGCCGUGUUGGUGCUGCCGCUGCCGGUGCUGCUGCUGGCGCGGAGCCGCUGAAGCCCGGCGGAGGGGCUCGCUGGCUCUCGCACGCAGCGGCGGAGCGCGUCGCGUCGAGCGGAGCCAGCGGGGAGGAGGAGGAGAAGGAGGAGGAGAGGAGGAGGAGGAGGAGGAAGGGGAGGGGGGAUCUUCUCGGCGAGGAUGCCCGGAGCGGCUGCAGGGACGGCGGCGACAGGAGCAGGCUCGUCAGGAGCGGCAGCAGCGGGGAUGCUCCCAGCUCAGGAGGCGGCCAAGAUCUACCACACCAACUACGUGCGGAACUCGCGGGCCAUCGGCGUGCUCUGGGCCAUCUUCACCAUCUGCUUUGCCAUCGUCAACGUGGUGUGCUUCAUCCAGCCCUACUGGAUCGGGGACGGCGUGGACACCCCGCAGGCGGGCUACUUCGGGCUCUUCCACUACUGCAUCGGCAACGGCUUCAGCCGGGAACUCACCUGCCGGGGCAGCUUCACGGACUUCUCCAGCCUGCCCUCGGGAGCCUUCAAAGCCGCUUCCUUCUUCAUCGGGCUCUCGAUGAUGCUCAUCAUCGCCUGCAUCGUCUGCUUCAUCCUCUUCUUCUUCUGCAACACAGCCACCGUCUACAAGAUCUGUGCCUGGAUGCAGCUGACGUCGGCUGCCUGUCUCGUCCUGGGUUGUAUGAUUUUUCCUGAUGGCUGGGAUUCAGAUGAGGUAAAACGGAUGUGUGGUGAAAAGACAGACAAGUACACGCUGGGGGCUUGUUCAGUCCGCUGGGCAUAUAUCCUGGCAAUUAUUGGAAUCUUGGAUGCCCUGAUCCUCUCAUUUCUGGCAUUUGUGCUUGGCAACAGACAAGACAGCUUGCUAGCAGAGGAGCUCAAGUUGGAAAACAAAGUCCUACUAAGCCAAUCCUCACUAGAAUGAGCACAAAACAAAACGAAUAACAGCUUUUGUACAUCAACAUUAAAAUGGGAAGAAGCUUGGGAAAGGGCCUCCGACAGAGAAGAACGCUGAUGAGUGCAAAAAUGCCUGAUGGGUGAGCGCCACCUUCUAAAUAUAGAUCAGCCAGACGUGGAAGUGAUUUUCAGAAGAGAAAUGCAAUCAUGGAUUACACACCAGCUCAUUAGAAACUGUUGCUGAAUACAGCAUCCAGAAGACAUGCAUGAAAAGUCACAUUUGGGGAAUAAAUUAAAAGGGGUGUAGUUGUUGCUAGAUAAACAUAUGUAAUAUAUAUAUGCAUUGAAGAGGUUUGUAAAUGUCAUUUUUUUAUUCAGACGGAAAGCAAAAAGCUUUAAAACCUUUCACAGUAGAGAGGCAGUUAACUCCAGACUAUUCCUAUCCCAGUAGCCAAGAAGCAGAUAGGACAUCUCUCUUAAAUUAGCAUUUAUAAAUAGACUCUCUGAAUGUUUCCAUCACCUAGAGGAAAAAGCAUAACUUUUACUGCUGCAUUGCUGCACUUCAUUUACUUCACUGUAUAAUAAGUUGACUAAAACUGUAAAGCUUCUCAAUUUUUACUGCAUAUGUGUUCCAAUUAAUCUAUGUCUGUAACAAACUUAAGACUGAAAAAUUAUUUCCAACCUAUAUUCUAGUUCUAUGAAGCAUAUAUACUGUAAGGUAUGUCUGAAUAUCAUAAUACUAUAAUUUCCCAAGACACAUAAAAUUGUUUGUAUUUGAAGUGACAAAAUAAAAGCACUUGAUUUCUUUUUUCUAACAGAAGAAAGUAAUUUACCCCUUAAAUGUAACAUACAGCUGCUCACUGCAAGGGCAUUUCUAUUCUUUUCCUUGUCCUGCCAUAUGACUGCUGAGUGAUGCUCCCUGGCCCAUGCUAAUGCCAAUCAGGCAAAGUGAUCCAAUGAUCCCUUUUGGCCUUAAGCUCAAUACAUGAAUCAAAAGACUGGCAAGCAAAUACACAUUGCAAAUAACUAUGCGAGGGCUGGGUGUGCAGAGCCCUGGGGCACUGGUGGGGUGAUGCUUCCCUCCACAGGGGCCCGGUGGCUCGCUUCCCAAAGGGCACUCUCAUUGCCAGAAGCCACUGAGCAGUCAAACAAGGGAGGCACAGGGUACCAAGAAAGACCUCACAAGGAAAGGCCUGGAUGCCAAGUGCCGGGUAUGGAGCAGCGGAGGGAAGCAGGAACCCCCUCUCCUUUGCUCUUCUCUGAUAGGUCCCAGCAUGACACGUGUCUCCUCCUGGCUCAGGACCGGGCAGGAACACACUGCUCCGUGCAUUUCUCCCAUCCUCUUCUGCUUAUCAAAGCUGAAUCCAGCCCAAAAUGAACACUCCAUUGCUAAAAAUCUUCAGAUUGUUUAAGCCUGUUGCUUCAUUCUUUGGCUUUUGGGGGAAAUGGCUAAAAUAAUAAUUCAUUGCUAAUGUUGAUCCUAAAUAACACAAUAAACUGAAGGCAUGAGUGAAAAAACUGGGUUUUAAUUACUGGCUGCACAAUAGAUUAUUCCAAAAUUUAGUGUAGAAAUCUCAGAAAAAAUAUUUUAUUUUUGAAUAAGAAAUUAUCUUUAAGUAAACUGUCAAUAGAUAAACACAGGGAAUUAGAGAACUCUUCUAUCUACCUACCGAGGUACCAGUGUGGCGCUCCUUGUCUUAGAGACUGAACACUGAUGUGGAUGUCUGCCAAGUAAAUUUAUGUGUGAAUAUGGCAGCUUUUUUUUUUUUUUUUAAUAUUUUAAUCCAAAUCUGCUCUUGUAACUGCGUGCAGGAGACUCUUCUCCUGCAGGACCAGCACUAGAGCUGGUCAAAACCCCCACCCAAAUGAACCAACCACCAUAAACAUAUUCCCAGUACCUGCUGCUGACCUGAAGGGGAUGUAGGUUAAAAUGAAAUAGUUUACACAUAAAGCUGCAUAAACUCAUCAAGGUCCCACUUCUGACAAGUUUUUAAAUCUGUGAUUAGUCCAACCAAUGCCAGCUGGAAAACGCACAUCCUUAAGGGCCGGAUGCAUUCAGGAGUCCCUGUUAAAUGGCGUCUCAGUGAAGCCCAUCCGCAUUCAACUGCUCUUGUUGGCUCACAGCCGCACUCUCACCUCCAAAGCCUGUGAAAGGGUUUGCUAUCUGGAUGUGCUAUCGUAUCACUGUCUUCAUUUGCUCCUUAGGUUUACCUCUAUCCCACAUUAUUGCAGUCAUGGCACUUUUGCUGUGAUAGAAAUCACCAAAACAGGGUUUCUCUGUAUUAUGUUAUUUUGUUAUGGACUACUAAGUUUUGCAUCAUAGUGACUGUUUAAUGUAAAAUCCCUUUCUAAGUAUACGCAAAUGUUGCAAAAAAGGUGUCAUCACAAGACCUCGCAACCCUGCCAGGGCAGCGUGGUGAAUAUGUACCAUUUGUACACAGUCAGGAGAGACGUACCAGGAUGUACAUCACUAAUUGUUGACUCGGUAUGAAUAGUAUGUUUUAUCUUUUUAAAUGUGACUGCUUUCCCAUCCCACUCCAUUGUAACUUGUCAAUUGUAAUUUUUUUUUAAGUCAACAAACUGUAAAGAAAACUGUUGAAAUACCUGAUUUUCUGUAAAAAGUAAUAACAACAAUAAUUUUUGUUACUUUAAAGUAUGCUUGGUAUUAAAGUACCUAAUAAAGUUCAAUAAUGAAUUUUGUAGCAUACUAAAA